AUCUUUGAGGAAGUGAGCUCAGUAAGCAUUCGCCAUGCUUGCAAUGUUUUAUAGUCUGCCACUCCACAGAUGUCUGUGUGACCAACUUCAGCAUCGAACAGAAAACCAAAACCACUUCCUUGUCUUAUUUUAGUCCAAAUGGAGAAGUAAGGCAGCCAGAUGAGUGCAGUCAUUGAUUACUGUCAUAGCCACUCACAUCGUUCAUCUUGCUUUACAGACGCAAAACUUUAUUCUUCUUGAAAAUAUAUCAAGAUCACCAGAAAAAUACCAACAUGAAAGGCCUCCUCUUCCUGUUGUAUGGCACAGAAAUCCUGAGUGCAGUAUUGUGUGGGACCGAAAAUCCCACAACAUCUACUGCUGGAUUGAAUAGUUCAGGUAAAACUGAGGUACAAUCAGCCACAAUGCUGGUCACUGUUCCAACCAGUUCUUUCACUUCUCCCAGAAGCACACCUAAGAUCAGCAGCUCAAUGACAACUCGGUCACCCACACCUCCUGCCCAAUUUUCCAGUCGUCCCAGUACUUCAUCUUCACCUGGCUCACAGCCCACCACGCUGAUUGCGUAUUUUUACAGGAAGGAAUGUCUUCCGAUACUCAUGGUGACUGGAGGACUGCUUAUAGCCUGUACUUUUCUGCUGCUUUCUACUUUACUGUUAGCAUGUAAGGUGUGCCAGUUGAGCGGCCGCAUCAAGGCACUGAGAAGCAACACUGAUGUGAUGGAAUCCUUCAUGGAAAGUGCCAAGAAGGACACAAGCGAGCCAGAGACAGAACCCAAAGAGACCAACAUGCAAAUGACUGAUUUCAGUCAAACACAGGAGGAGACAGGUAAUGGUACCACUGUGGAAGAAGGAGGGACAGUAAAUGAGAACAACAACAAGGAGGUGGGAGAUGCUGACAACAGUGAGGCAACUUCAGCUGCACCUGUAUCCAUUGCUCAGGAUGUGUCCUCCUCAAAGCUGCAAGAGGAGGCUACCAACUCCCAACCCACCACAGCUGUGGAAGCCUCCACCUCUGAGGGCACAGAGGAACCAACAGAUGUUGUGUAGUGUGUGUGUGUGUGUGUGUGUGUGUGUGUGUAUUUAGGCAAAGAGUUUCCUGAGUCUUCCUCUCCCCAUAGCUUCAUAACUCCUUUACAGUAAAUUCAGAAUACUUCCCUUUUGCAGCUUUUCUGUUACAGUAAGUUGAACAACUGCCUGUGAUGCUAGAUCUGUUGAUCAUAGCACUGAGCAUUUUUGGUUGAAAACAAUCAAUUGCUUCUGUAUUGCUCUGUUAUAUGUACAUAUCGAGUAUUAUAAUACAUUAAUUUUAUAACACACUUUUAGUGCAAGUCAGUUUAAGACUUACACACUUUACUUUUUGAGAUGUUUUGAUAGAUGUGACGUAUAUGUAACAACCCAAGGAAUAAAACAGAUUUUAACCUUAGCCUUGAAUUUAUAACUAUGUAACAUGUGUGUGAGAGGAACAGAGAGUGACAAAGAGAGAUCUGCUUGAUUAGCAAGCGGAGAAUGUGCCUCUUUUGGGCAGUGCUAUUCAAAGCAGAAAGAACACUCUCUUUCACCUCAGCCAGAGCUGACAAAGCCACACAAAAACCUAUUCAAAAAACCGAUAUGUGGUUGUUUCCGCCAUCCUGUGCAGAUAUUUGUUCAUCUACUUUCUUGUGAUGUCAUGAUGGAUGUGGACCUUUCAUUAAAAGUCUGAAUAGUUUGCCCCUUUUCAAUGCAGCUUCUGCUUCAGCUCCAGCUCAACUCCGAUAGCAAAGAGAGGAAAACACUGAGUUGUGGUAGCUCUGGGUGAUGUGCCGGUUUAGAGAUGGGUUGCAGCCAUCCUCGUGAAAGUAAAUGUCAAAUACUUCUCAGGCAGGAACUUAUUUAUGUAUUCUACAUCAAGUAUUCACAUUGAAUGCGGCAAAAUGAGAUAUCUGAAUGAUUUUUUUUUCCUGCGCUACUAUGUGGUAACACAGCUCAAACUGACAGCAUAGCAUGCUGUAUGACUGACAGUGAAAGUGAGGAUUUAACUUUAAGGCAAUGACUGGAUACAUGAAGUUCAAUCUCAGUGCAUGUGGCUGCUAGAAAUACAGACAGGCAAGAGAGGAAAGUACAUGGAGAGGUGGGCGACAAAAUAACAAAUGCAUUGCAAAGAGGUACUUUGUUUAUUUACAUGACAGCUGAGCAAAGACAAGCACCAAAUGAAUAGAAAAGCACAAGGACUCUCAGCUGCUGUGG